AUGGCCCCACCGCCGGUCCACCCGGAGGUGAAGACGCUCAAGGAGCGAGGGGAUCAGGCCUAUGCCGGCCGGGACUUCGCAGCAGCAACAGAGUGCUAUUCAGAAGCCCUGGAAAGCACCCAGGAUGCUGUCGUCCUUUCAAACCGCUCUGCGACAUAUGCGCAGCGGCGACGGUUUGACAAGGCACUUUUAGACGCAGACAAGGCCCUCAAGCUUUGCCCGGGCUGGUCUCGCCUGUACCAUCGUCGUGGGCACGCUCUGUUCCACUUGGGGCGUUACAACGAGGCGAUGGCUGCGUUGGAGGAGGGAUUGAAGCUUGAUGGACAGGACAAAGUACUGCUGGAGGCCAUUGCCAAGAUGAAAGAGUACACUGCGCCAGGCGAUGAUUUCUGGGUUCCAGAGCAGCCGGAGCCAAAGGCUGUCGUGAAAGAACAGCCCAAGCCCAAGGAGGCGCCGGUGAAGGAGGCGGCAAAGGACGCCUCCGCAGAAGCGAAAGCGCCAGCCAAAGGCGCACGAGCAGGGGCCUUCUCGCAGGCUCGCGCGAAGGCCAACACAGACUCGAAGGCGGAAGGCACAAAGCCAGCUCAAGGGAAAUCCGCCGAAGAGCUGCGAGAAAAGGGCAAUUCCUUGUUCCGAGAAGGCAAUCAUUCCAAGGCCGUUCGCGCUUAUGACGAGGCGAUUCGAGCCGACUCGAGCGAUGCCAGAUGUUGGGCAAACCGUGCAGCUGCCCAGAUGGCCAUGCUGUCCGAGUUUGGUCAGGGGCUCUCGCCGGCGGCCAUGCGCACAAAUCCUUACUUUACCAACUCCAUGAACGACCUCAGCGAGAGCUUGAAGUUGGAUGCCAAGUACACCAAGGCCUGGGCACGCAAGGGCCAGCUGCAUGCCAUGGCAGCGGAGUACAGCGAUGCUCUGGCUGCGUAUGACCGUGGCCUCGCGGUGGACCCGACGCAUCCUGAUUGCCUCGCUGGCCGCCGGUUCUGUCAAACCCGGACAUGA